CAGGGGUGGACUGACCAUUUGGAAACUCGGGCACUGCCCGAGGGCCCGGGGUCAGUAGGUGGCCCCAUGAGAUGCCCCUGGCACCUUUUUCAUAGGCUUUUUUGAGUUUGGGCAAGGACAAAGGGGCCCCAUGAUCCCCUAUUGCCCGGGGGCCCCAUGAGUUGUCAGUCCGCCCCUGAAAUCACCUCUAAUGUUGGAUGUCCUACAUGUGUGGAUGUUGGUAUGUUAUGGCCCGGGGUCAGUAGGGGGCCCCAUGAGAUGCCCCUGGUACCUUUUUCAUAGGCUUUUGUUGGCUUUGGGCAAGGACACAGGGGGCGCCAUGAUCCCCUAUUGCCCGGGGGCCCCA